AUGGAGCAAGCAAGCAAUGAGGCAUUGAGAGAAGGCGCGGAUGGACCCAGCAAGGCGUUGACUGGCGCUGCGGAUGAGAGCAGUGGAGUGCCAGUGAAGGGAGAGCAGCCAAGCAGGGAUGGGUUGAAGGAAGUAGAGGCGGCGAGCGCUGCUGAGGUGUUAAGUGCAGGAGGUGUGGGAGGAGGAGGAGGAGGAGGAGGAGGAGGAGGAGGAGGAGGAGGAGGAGGAGGAGGAGGAGGAGGAGGAGGAGGAGGAGGAGGAGGAGGAGGAGGAGGAGGAGGAGGAGGAGGAGGGAGGAAUGGAGGAGGGAGCAGUCGGCGAGUGAGAGGCGGCAUAAGAGAGAGUUCCAGUCUCAUUUUCCUCUCGCCCAACAUUGCCUGCCUGCUUCACUCCACUGAUCCCAACUGCAUCAUCCACGCACACGCGCCUCGAGGCAACCGCGUCACAUGCUUCUCUCACCGCCUUUCUCCCUUCCCCAUUCGCCUUCGCCUCCCCUUCGCCUCCCCUCUUCAACUCUCUCCGCACCUCCUCACCCUUCUCUUUCCCACUUUUCUGUGCGCGCACCACUUGCUCUCUGCGCGCAAUACCACCCCCCUGCUUCGCCUGUGCGUCACUGCGGCUAUUACCCUGCCCGCCUGGCUCAUUGUCGACUGCUGCCACUGCUGCUACCUUCCCUCUGACAACCGGGUUCCUUUCCCCCUUCCGCACCUGCCCGCUCUGUUCAACCGCUAG